AUGCAUAAUGGCAAGAACAGCAUACUAAUCCGUGUGGUUAGUGCCCAGGUGGCUCUACCAAUAUCUAGAGAGAGUGGAGAACUCAUGAAUGAUGUUGACCAGGGUUCUCCCCAGGCGGCCGAUCCGACACGGCAUUUGAGACCAGGGAAUACGUUCCUGAACAAUGUCACCUAUCUUGGAGGACACCAUGUGUUCUCGGACGAGGGUCGGAAAUGGAUCGAGUCUCAGGUUGGGGAAGCCAUCAACUUCGACAAGUUGUUCGCUCUUGAGCUUCAGUGGCUGAAACCGCUUCGGUUGCGUGCGGACACUACAUUAUCACCCUCUCUACGCCCAGAGCUUCCCAGUAGACCCGAAGUCGAAAGAUAUAUUGGGAUCUAUACCUCGUCCUUCCAGGGCCUAGUCUUCCCCGUGGUCAGCGGGUCGCUUUUCAAGAAGACAUUGGACCUCGCUUACAGUCCCGGCCGGCCCUCUGGCUCAGCCAGCGCCAAAUCUUGCGUGUAUUCAUUCCUCUCCCUUGUAUCUCUCUUUGGAUUUGACGACAGCAUACAUGACGCCACGGACUGCCAAUCCUAUGCUUCUGCGGCACAAAGCUUUAUGGCAGCGGUGGUUGGGGAGAUGACUAUCGAUGGCCUGCAGUCAUUGAUCAUGCUGGUGCAACUCCAAUAUUUCUUAGGGGACCUUCAGUCGGCUGCUGUGACCUUGUCAAUAGCCAUUCGCUUGCUGUAUGCACUGGGGGCUCACAUGUCACUGGCCAAUAAAACCUCAGUCUCAUCCUUGCUGGCAUACAAUAAAAGCGAUAUAAGCUGCCAUCUACGUGACCUCUUCUGGCUUUGUUAUUCAUUCGACAAGGAUAUAUGCCUGCGGACAGGGCAGCCACCUUGCAUGAAUGAGACUCAUUGCGACCUUACACUACCUUCGGAUUAUGUGCCGCUGCAAGACAUCAAUCUGCAACAAAGCACUCCGCAGAUCGAUGACCAUACAAUACCACUCUUCCCCUGGGAUCUCCGCCUCUCUAUCCUGAAGUCAAGAGUGUACCAAGAGCUGUACUCGGCUAAUUCCCUGCAUCAGUCUGUGCCCGAGUUGCUGUCAAGGAUUCGAAGCCUUGAUGAGGCACUCGACCAAUGGAGAUUAUCACUUCCCGUGGAAUUCCGACCGACGUUAUACUUCUCUCUGGAGACGCCUAUCAGCGCCAGUGUCAACACGCAGAUGGUAAUGCUGCGACUCGCAUACUAUCAUUGUGUUAUCACCGUCCACCAAGCCAGCGUCAGAUGCCAGCUCUCCGGAACGGAUUUCGCAGGGUCUGGACUUGACGGGAUCACCUCGAGUUUAAGGCUUUCAGUUAACGCGAGUCGCUCAACAUUGUCUUACCUUUAUAAGGUGUUGCCUGUGGUGAAAGGGGAAUGUUUCUGGUAUGUGGGUUGCUGCGAGUAA